CUCUCUCUCUCUCUCUCUCUCUCACCUACACAGAUAAGAGAAGCGAGACCAAGACUUGCAGGUGACAGGAAAACAACGGUUCUGCGCCUCAAUUCUUCUCCUCCUUUCUUCUCUCUUCCACCUCCGCCUAUGUAGCAGAGAUGACUAUUUUUAUUUAUCUGUACAAAAUUCCACUUUGGUGAAGCUUCUCUGCUCUGUUCUCUUCCCUCUAUUGCUUCUUUUCUAUUGAAAAGAUGCCAUCUUGGAAUUCAUAAAAAACCCACCUUUUUGGCUCUCUCAGUCUCUCUCUCUACUGGUUUUGGCCUCUGCUUAGCUUUCAAGCUAAAGCUUUCUUCCCUCUACGAAAGUCUUGUCUUUUCCUUUUCUCUCAAAGAAAUAGCAGCUAGGUUUGUUUUUUGUGGCUUAGUUGGGAAGAAGCGGUCGUUCUCCACCUAAUUUGCCUACAAAGUUUCUAUUUUUCUGCGAUUUGAAUCUUUUUUCGAUGAUUUAGAUCGAGAAUUCGGGAUCAAGAUUAGACUUUUUUUUUUCCUUCUUCCCUUGUUUGAGAGGCGGAAUGGGGUGCACCUACUCGAGGGUAGAUGUGGACGAGGUGGUGUGGCAGUGCAAGGAGCGCCGGCGGCUCAUGAAGCAGCUGCUGAGCUGCAGGGCCGAGCUCGCCGCCGCCCACAUGGCGUACCUGCAGUCGUUGCGGAACACGGGCGCCACCCUUAGACAGUUCACUGAAGUGGAGACGAUGAUCCCGGGCGGUACUCCGCCUAUUGGACUCGCAUUGCCACCCUCCCCGCCCCCGCCGCCGACUCUUCCGCCUUCGCCUCCGCCCCCUCCCGAAUUUAGUCUCCGUGCCGCGAAGGAGGUAACGAGGGAGAAGUUGUCCGAUGAGGAUUCAAGCGAUAUGGAUGAUGACGAGAGCUGCCCGAUGCCUCCACCUCCCCUCCCCAGCUCGGUCUGGGACUGUUGGGAUCCUUCUGGCCCUCCAGCUUCGUCGGGUUCCUCAUCUCCGGUACCCGAUGGAGGAGAUGUUACACAUGCUGCGGCGGAAGAAGAGGAUUGGGCGGAGACUAAAACGGAGUUUGCGGAGGGGGAAGAGGAGGAAGAGGUGGUCGUGGAGGACGAAGAUGACAAAGCGGUCCAAAGAAAGGAGGCUUUUGCUGUGGCAUUGAAUCGGGCGAGGGAGAAAUGCCCGGCAAAGGAAUUGGCUGAUGAUAGCUUGUCGGCAGCGAGUUGGUUCACCAAAGAUACAGACAUAGGGAUGGUGGUGUGGAGGAGCAAGAAGACACUGGAGGGGAUUAUAAAGGAGCUAGAUGAUUAUUUCCUGAAAGCUGCAGCUGGAGGGAAGGAUCUUGCAGUCCUUCUCGAGUCCAAUCGGACCUAUUGUCAUCCUUGGGACCUUCAAGCAAGGGAAGGGAGAAGUUCCACGUCCGCCAAAGUCGUAAACGUGUUGUCUUGGAACUGGUCUUUCAAAUCAACUCAUUCUAACAGAGAUGCUCAAGAUGAAAAUAGUGCUAGUAGGCCCAGUAACCAUUGCACAACCCUCGAGAAGCUUUUUGCAGAGGAGCAGAAGCUCUACAAGCUAGUGAAGGAUGAGGAAAGUGCUAACUCCCAGCACAAGAAGAUAAUCCUACUACUGCAUAAACUAGAAGCUGGAGAUUAUGACUGGACAAAAACUGAGAAAGCUCGUUCGGACAUUGAGGAUUUGCAGUGCCAAAUGGUUUCUCUGAAGGAGGCAAUAAGUGGAACAUGUUUGUCCAUAUUAAAACUUAGGGAUGAAGAGUUAUUUCCACAGUUGAUUGAAUUCUCUGUAGGGCUUGAGAAGAUGUGGAGAACAAUGUAUGAAUGUCAUCAAGUGCAAAACCAUGUUUCUCAACAAGCAAAUCUUCUUGACAGUCAUUUGGGCAAUGAUCCAACCACUGAUUCGCAUCGUCAUGCCAUAUCUCAGCUAGAAGCAGAGGUGACUUCUUGGUAUAGUUCGUUCUGCGACCUCUUCCGCUGUCAGCGUGAGUACGUUCGCAUUCUCAACCAGUGGGUUAGACUGACUGACAGACUUCCGGAAAAUAAUGCCUUUAUGGGUUCAACAUCUAGUAUCCGUGGUUUUUGUGAAGAAUUACAGGGAGUUCUUGAUGGGCUACCAGACAAGGUAGCAGCUGAGGCAAUCAAGAACUUUCUAUUGGUUAUCCGCUCUAUCGUUCUGCAACAUACCGAAGAGCACAGCCUGCAGAAGAAAUCCGAUCGACUUCAGAGAAGGUUGGAGAAAGAGUUAAACUCGCUUCGGAGUAUAGAGAACUUGGUCGAAGUACCUCAUGUGAAUCACCCACCAUCGUCAACAAAGCAUGCAAAACUGGAAGCUUUCAAGAAGAGGGUGGAGGAAGAAAGGAUCAAGUAUCUAAAUUCUGUUCACACGAGCCGAGCCAUGAUCGUGAACAAUCUGCAGACAAGCCUCCCGAAUGUAUUCCAGGCUCUCAUGGGGUUUUCGAGCGUAUGCGUGCAGGCGUUCGAGAGCAUUACUGGUUCGGUGGAAGAUGUAACAAGUUUUUCCGAUGGUGUUUCACCUGUACACCAAUGAACUGAUCACUACAAUAAAUACUGUAAACAGAAGUCUUGGUUUUGUGAUCAUUCCAGAUAGUUUUACCAAUAAAUUCUUGGACAAAUAUCAGGUAGUCUUUGGCAAGGCAUUAUGGGAGUGAUGAAUGAUGCAAAUCUGGUCA